CGCUGCCGCCAUAUUGGACCGGGCAGGACUCCAUUACAAACAAUUAAAAAAUAAAUUAACAAAAAAAGGCCACAUAAACAUUAGGAUACGUUGCCUGCACAAACAUGUACACCACCCACCACAGUUAUCGGACUCACUAAAACACCAAAGUCUCUACUUUUGGCGAUGUUUAUGUUGCGGAGAACGAGGCGCUUCGCACACUGAAGACCCCGACAUCAAGUACCGCGAGAGUUCGCGAUGCUCUGACGUCACGUCAUGCGCCGUUUGGUUUGGUCUGCAGAGAAGUCGAGCGCACCUGUUUGGUGUGAGGUGUUGAGGAGAUCUUUUUACAAGCACAUCCCAGUUUUGAGAUAAAGAUGUUGAGAGGGACAUCCUUCAGACGUUCUGGCUUGAGCCACAUCGGCAGGACUAACAUCUCUCCAUCUUCGUCACAUGGAAAUUUACUUUCUGAUUUCAACGACAUAAACAACAAUAAAUGUCUUCCUGGAAAAGCCCUCAGUCCCAAAACCAAUUCCAAACAGAAGAUUUUGCCCCGUGAAGUGAUUGACAGGUAUAAGAGUGGAGAGACGCACCCGGUGUCUGCGUUGUACCAGCUUUCACAGGUUCUGCAGUUUCAGAUGGAUCUAAAGGAAACCGUGACCACCGCAGGUAUUACAGGAUUUUACUUCGCGUUCUGUGUUGUAAUCGAUGGAGUCCAGUAUAAAACAGGGAUGGGCAUCACCAAAAAAGAAGCCAGAGCCAAAGCAGCUGAACUUGCCCUAGAAGAGCUUGUGGCAUGCUCAGAGAAUGCUGGGAUACCUUCAGAAGUUUCUGUGACUGUGAGGGACAAAGACUCGUUCAUCCCAGAAGUCCAUUCUGGAAGGGCUGUGAUGGAGAGAAAGAACCCUCUGAAGGAUCAGGUACCCAGCGCGGUGAGGGAGAUCUUCACCAGGCUGAUGGACAGUUACCCAGAAUUCUCUGCCUGUGGCGGAACAGCGGCUGCAUUUGUCAUGCAGUCUCCCACAGGAUGUGAGGUCAUAGCUCUCGGGACGGGCUGUUCCAAUACCAGAGCGAGUCCAGCGCCCACAGGACGAAUCCUUCAUGAUUCUCAUGCGGUGGUAACUGCUCGCAGGUCACUCAUGAGGUUUCUGUACAAAAACCUCUUGCUGUUCUUCAGUAAGAAUCCCUCGCUGGAGGAGAAGUCGGUUUUCCAGCAGGAUCAAACCACCAAACUCCUAAGCUUCAAAAAUCAUCUGACUUUACAUCUGUACCUGAGUCAGCUGCCCAAAGGAGCUGCGCAGAUCCCCUCUCAACUGCGUCUGAAUCCGCUGUCGAUCUCUGCGUGGGAGGUGAACAAUCAGAUCGGGCUUCAUGUAGUGGUGGAAGGGAAGGUCUUCUCCAAGUUCUCCAGCUCGUAUGAGCAGAUGGGCUCUCAUGUGGUCAGCAUGUCUGCAACCGAUAAGAUCACACAGUGGCUGGUGCUGGGCUUCCAGGGGGCGCUACUGAGUCAUUUCAUUGAGCCUGUCUACAUCAACAGCGUAUUCGUUGGUGAGGGAGGCUGCAGUGAUAUACGCGGUUUGCAGAUGGCAGUGAGUCAGCGCGUGGAUGGCAUCACCUCAACCCUUCCGUUGUAUUACUGCGUCUACCGGCCGCUCAUCAGCCUGGUGACUUCGGCCGUUCCUACAGACACACAACUUUCCCAGAAAUCCCUCAGUUUUAACUGGAGCCACGGUGACCUUACGACUGAGGCAGUGGAUGCUCUGGAGGGCAGGUCUACUGAAGAUUCUCCGUUUAAAAGCAGUCCAGCGUUGGCCAGCCGGCUUUGUAAAGCAGCUAUGUUGAGUCGAUUUAAUUUAGUGGCUAAAGAAGCCCAGAGAGAGGAGCUGCUCGCCGCCGUCACAUACAGAGAAGCCAAGAUGAUGGCGAAGCCGUACCAGGAAGCAAAAAGCGUCCUGAAAUCUUACCUGGCGAGGAAGGGAUACGGCCAGUGGGUUGAGAAGCCGCCGAUCAGCGAUCAUUUCUCGAUGUGAGACAUGCUGUGACGUUUCAAAUGCAAUAUGUAGUCAUUUAUUUGUUUAAAUUGUUUGGUGUGUUGAUCUUGCUCGUUUUGCUUGUUUGUUUUGUUUUAUCAACGGCAUAAAAAGAUGGCACUUUUAGACAAUAGAGAUGCAAGUUUGUCUACCCCCGAGUAAUGUGUCGAUGAGAAAAAGAAUGAAAAAAACAGACUAAAUAGACCACAACGUUACAUGAGAACAAGGGGGUGAAGUUCUGUUUAUUCAUCAAAGCAAAUGAAAAUAAAUAAAAAUGUUCCUUUUCCCUCA